AUGAACAAGAAGGCAGUUGGGGUAUGUCUUCCCUUGGUGCUGAUCUUAGUUGUCUCUGCGUAUCUCAUCGGGACUGUGUCAAGGGAGGAUCCGGACAUCGUAUCGUCAAAACCUGGGCACCGUAUCAUCAAAAGGUCCCUAUCAUUGUCGGAUGAUCUCCGCGGUGCUCUCCGAGCAGCAGCUGCCGAGGACGCCCCUGCCUACGUGAAAAACCAUGCACUGGACAAGCGGUUCCUUCCAGCCAUUGCGAAUCUUGCAGGGAACCUUUUCUCAUCAGGAAGCAGCUUCGACGCAGACGAACUGACAGACACGAUCCAGAAACUGGGCAGUAUGAAGAACAUGGCACCGGACAUCAUGGCCCAAAGUGUGAAGCAUGAGGCUGAAAUCACGGCAGAAGUGGAAAAGGAGGUGGCUGAGGAAACUGUCGAUAAGAUACUUGGAAAAUAUUCUCAUGACAAGAAAGAUAAAGAUGGAGACGAUAAUGAUAAUGAUGGCGGCGGCGGAGAGCAUGAGAUAAAGGCUGAGGUGGACUUUGUUCCAGACAAGGGUAUGGUGGAAGAUGACAUGUUCGCUCCACCAGGAAUGCACAUGAAAGUAGACCUUGAGGAGGACCCCGGGGAGGACAGCGAACCCGAUCAAAGCUCUCAACCAAUGGCGUACGGCUACCCCAUGGGGAUUGGCUCUGCUUUGAUGAACGGCUGUUUCGGGACAGGAUACAAACCAGGAGAUCCGUGCUACAACGUCAGGGACGUCAUCCCGGCAUGUUACAACAUGAUGGAGGGGUGUGGCUACAUCGGGGUUGGCUUCGAUGGUCGCGGAGACUACAGCAGCGCGUCCAGAAAGAAAACAGUCGUGCAGCGGAAUUGUAAAAACCUGGCUACGUAUCACGAUGAGGAUGUCCCGGACACCAUGAAUGUUCACGGCAUCUUCGACACAGAGGUCUCCUCCUACGUCUUUGAGUCAAGGCAGGCUGCCGUUGAGGCAGCAUAUGGGAAGUCGUCAUCAUCCAGCAAACAGAAGUUUAUGUCCCUUAUUCAGUGUAACGUAAUAAGGUAUGAAAUCUUCCUGGAUGAAAUCUCUCCGGAUACCCUGAGCCUGCCCUUCCUGAGGGACUUCUUGUCUCUUCCGAAAAAUUUCAUCUUUGGGAAGGCACAGCUUCAAAAGUUCAUCAUCCGCUAUGGAACUCAUUUUAUCAAGUCAGCAAAGUUCGGCGGUUCCUUCCGGCUGUUCAAGACCCAAGAGAUCUCCAAGACUGAAAGUCUCGAAGACUUCUCCGUCCAGGCCCAGGCUUCUUAUAAUUCUCUUUUCUUCAACGCCGGAGGUCACUUCGGAGUUGGCUCAUCCACUGGUUCAUCCCGGUCUUCCAAGUCUUCCGGCACCCAUGUGUCAGUGGAAGGAGGCGACCAGGAAGUUGCCUCCAUCGUUGCUGACUUCUACUCAACCGGCUUCAAGGACACCUUCACCGAGUGGCUGAAGUCCAUCCCCACCUACCCCAAACCCAUCGAGAUGUUCAUGGGCACCAUGUCAGAACUGCUGGACCUGAACUACAAACUUCUCUUCCCUUUUGACAUCAAAGAUGCUGCAGACGGAUGCUUCGGUGACAAGUAUUGUGACUUCACAUCCGCAGAUAAGUUUGAACAAGAAAUGGACAAGAAACGACUGGCGCUGGAAAGGGCAAUUGCUGUUUACAUGGAAGAGGGACCAGUGCCCACCACGGAUUUCCGUCUGGAGGGUGGCAAACCUGGAUGUACAUCUGAAGCCUUAGGGGUGAAGGGAGGUCUUUCUGGAACUACCUACCCCACAUGGCUGGAACUCAUCAACGGAGACACUUAUAAGAUCAUCUUUGAUCUUCCUGAAAACAUCAACUACGACAUUUCGAGGAACGAAGAAGCCUUCGUGGUUUUUUCACGGCAAAGGUGGAACUGCCACGCCCCUGGGGAUAACAUGCACAUGUACAACAGCCGUGACAAUGGUGGAAGUGGUGACGUCAACAACAAAAAGGUUUCCUGCUUUGGUUUUGUGAUGACGUAUCAGGAAGCAACCGGGACGUUUGUGGUCACACAACAAGAUCAAACCGCUUCCACGCAGGCUUUGGGGGAGUUGCGUCGCAGCUACGUAGGCUUGACUGUUGCCAGAGCUGAAUAUGUCAGCCCGUUGGAGCACGCCCAAGCAAAAGGUGGUGCUUUAGCAAGUAUCGUUGAGGCACCCUGUAAUGUGAAGUGGUCCAACUCGUACCAGAUCAAACCUGCGGAGGAGGGAGGAAGGUGCCUUUACUUCGUUGCGGCGUCUGCAGGCGACAUUUUUGUGGUCUUCUCCGCCAUUCCGAGGGACGUGUCCACCUGGUACCAUCUCCAGAUCAGUUUUCAAGGUGUUGCUCUCUACAAGGGAAUGAAGCUAGUGAAGUACGAGGGAGCGAAGAGUGCCCGAAGUCUCGGUGACUCCAAAUUGUUCCAGCCUUACUUCAUUUGCCUGGAGGAAGACGCAAAAAACAUGCGAACCUACAUCAAAUACGGCGUCGGCUCGGACACUUCCGAGAAAGGCCUGGUCUACAUGGUCUACAAUGAUCUCAGUCCACCAUUGGGUAUUCGUUUCUACUCAUUUGGCAGCGGGGAAAAGUCCGUAGAGAUCAUGGACGCCCGAGUCAUCGAGGGAGGGGCAACAGGCGAAAUGGAAUGUACAGGGGGGACUGUACUGAAGGACGGAAUCUGUGUAGAAGACUGCCAUCCCGAGUGUGACGGAUGUAUUCCAAGUUCUCCAGGAUCGAAGCUCGAUACGGAUUGCAGCCGGUGUAAGCACUUUUCCAUUAAAGUGGAUAAUAAAGUUCAGUGCGUCGCUAAAUGCCCAGCCGGUCGAAAACCAAGUGCCGAUGGCGUCCAAUGCGUCUCCGUGUGCCCAUUCGGUAAUAAAGUGGCCUCGGAUGGCACAACUUGCCUGAGUAAUCUUGCCCUGGGGAAACGAGCGUACCAAAGCAGCCAAUGGUCGGAUGCCGCUGCCGGCCGUGCGGUAGACGGGGUCACCGGCACCUGUGUUCAUACCCGGGUCGGAUCGUCUAACCCCUAUUGGGUAGUCAUCUUUAACCGCAUGGGCGGCAAUGCAAAAUGGAUCAACCCCUUCAACAUCCACAUAGGGAAUUCCGUCUCUGUCGAAAAGAACCCGAAGUGCGGCGGUGAUCAUAGAAUCGACGUGAGUAAGCCGUCCAUCAGCAUCUCGUGCCCGGGGAUGCGGGGACGGUACGUCGGCAUGCGUCUCCCCGGAAACAGCCGAACCCUGGUUGUGUGCGAGGUCCAAGUAAACUGCAGUAAGGGCUACUGUGGAUUGAAACCCGGCCGGACCUUUCCUGUUGUUCCCGCGGCGCGUGGUGUGGGGACACGGUACGGCGGCCCGCUCCAUCUGCUGUAA